UUCACCAUGGCCGUCCGCGAGCGAAUACAUCGCCUUGUUUUCAACCAUGACUGCCUUGAUCGAAGCUCCUGAAGUGCCCGUGCCCGACUCGAAUGGUUUCCCGCCGGGCUACUUUGUGAUUCGUUCUAUUGCGUGCAAUAGGAAUUGGGAUGUCUCGGGGGACAGCGUUGAGGACGGCACGGAUGUGAUCCUCCAUCCCGAGAAGGAGCCCUCGUUGGUGGAAUCACGACGCAACCCAGAUGCGAACAAUCAGGUCUUCUACGUGGACACGUCAGGAGCGCUGUGCUCGAGGUCCUCUGGCCAUGCGCUAGACAUCGAGGGAAACCGCGUCGUCUUACGCCACAGGCGCCCUGUCUCCCUCCCCUACCCCAAUUCAUACUCCCACCCCCUUCCCCGCUUCAAGUACUCCCCCGAGUCGGGCCAGAUCACCGUUGAGUUCUCCUGCGACCCCGCCUACCUGCCUCCCCCUGCCCCGCACAGCGCUUGGCAAGACAAGGUCUACCUCCUCACCUCCGUCCCUAAGCGCCGCCCCCGCAAUUUCCUGGACGACGCCUCCGAAUUCCUCACCAUGAACGUCGCCUCGCCCAUCUCAACCAUCUUCGGUGCUCCGCGCAUCAGCAAUGCUACACCAGAGGCCGUGGCGCAGGUCGACAUCGACUUGAGGGAGAACGAGGUGAUCGAGGAGGAGCGCGCGGAGACGGAGGAAGCGGACGACUCGACGGACAAAGAUAGGGAUUUGCGGAUGUUGCGCCUCGAUAAGGCCACGCAGAACACGGUCGGAAGCGCGGCGCGCAAUCGCAGGCGGUGGGAGAUUAUCCAGCUGAGGAACGCGGAUAGGAGAACGGGGCCAAUUUGAGGCUCUGACGGCCAUACUAGUAAAGCCUGCUGAAGUUGUGGAUAUACGGGUGCAGAAAAUGUAUCUGGAGUAACAAUAUCGUGUACAAGCUACGUGCUAUAACAGUGUCUGGCGACUGGCCUUUCUCGCUCUGAUCUCCGUAUGUCAGUAUGCAGUCACC